GUCCCUAACUCCACUUUAAAAGUCCGUUGACUAUUGACGCUGUUCUGUAGUUUUCUCCUACUGCUCACCGUUAUCUUCCCAUUUCCUCACUUCAAUCACCGACAAUGGCUCUAUAGCCUCUCCAAGCCCUAACCCUAGCCCCAAUCCUAGUUCUGCAACUCAUGCCAUGGCAGACCCCCUAUCCAAGGGCCGCACCGUUCUGGAACCACUCGCACUCUUCGACCCCCCAAGCCCUUCUCUCUCCUCCUUCUCUUCUCUCGCCGUCUCCACAUUCUCCGAUUCCCAAACCCUAAUCUACGUCGGCACCCAGUCCGGGAACCUCCUCUUGCUCUCCCUAAAUCCUAAUUCUUCACCUGCUCCGGCCAUUUCUGCUCACUCCAACAGCAACAACUCAGCUGAUUUCGACGGUUCGUUGCCGAGAAGUGUCUCCUUUUUGCGUAGUAUUGCUGUCAGCGACUCUGCAGUGGAAUCGGUGCACGUGAUUGGUGAGAUUGGGAAAGUUCUGGUACUUUCGGAUGGGGUUUUGUAUUUGGUUGAUUCGCUCUUGUUGCAUCCUGUGAAGAGAUUGAGUUUUGUGAAGGGAGUUAGUGUUGUCGCGCGGAGAGUGCGAAGCGGUGCGGUGGAGUGUACGGAUUUUUCAGCCGGGGAUGCCUGUAAUUUGUCGGAAUCUUCUGCCCCAAGUCGGCGGCUUUUGCAGAAAUUAGGAGGUGGGAUUAGAGCAAAUGGAGUGAAAACCCGAGAGUCUGAGCCGCAUAGAGAUGGGAAUUAUGUUUUUGCAGCUGCGGUUGGCAGAAGAUUGAUACUGAUGGAGCUUGUUUCAGCUAAUAAGGUUGGUAAGAUUGACCGAGAUGGUGACGGUUUUGGUGGUUCCUUGGUGAUUUUGAAAGAGAUUCAGCCUGUUGAUGAGAUAAAGACCAUGGUGUGGAUUGAUGAUUCAUUAAUAGUUGGUACUUCCAAUGGUUAUAGUUUAUUUUCUUGUGUUAUGGGGCAAAAUUCUCUGAUAUUUUCUCUGCCGGAUCCGUCUAGCGUGCCGAGGCUUAGAUUGCUGUUGAAAGAAUACAAAGUGCUUUUGAUGGUUGAUAAUGUGGGUGUUACUGUUAAUGCUCAUGGGCAGCCAAUUGGUGGAAGCUUGGUAUUUCGGGGCUGUCCUGAUUCUGUGGGGGAGAUGUCCUCGUAUGUGAUAGCUGUGAAGGAUGGGAAGAUGGAAUUGUAUCAUAAGAGAUCGGGUAAUUGUGUUCAGAUGCUUCCAUUUUCUGGAGAAGGAGUUGGUCCGUGUAUUCUUGCUGAUGGACAAGAUAGGAGUGGGAUACUUGUAGCUGUUGCGACGCCAAGUAAGGUUAUUUGCUAUCGUAAAGUACCUUCUGAAGAACAAAUCAAAGACCUUCUGAGAAAGAAAAACUUCAGGGAAGCUAUCUCCUUGGUGGAGGAGCUUGAGUCUGACGGCGAAUUGACAAACGAAAUGCUUUCCUUUGUUCAUGCUCAAGUCGGGUACCUUUUGCUGUUUGACUUACAUUUUGAGGAAGCAGUAAAUCACUUCUUGCAGUCAGAAACAAUGCAGCCUUCUGAAGUGUUUCCAUUUAUAAUGCGAGAUCCAAAUCGAUGGUCGCUGCUGGUUCCCAGGAAUCGGUAUUGGGGUCUGCAUCCUCCCCCUGCACCUCUCGAAGAUGUUGUAGAUGACGGGUUGAUGGCUAUCCAAAGAGCUAUUUUUCUCAGAAGAGCAGGGGUAGAAACUGCUGUAGAUGAUGAUUUUCUGCUGAAUCCACCUAAUAGAUCUGAUUUAUUGGAAUCAGCAAUAAAAAACAUUAUCAGGUAUCUAGAGAUUUCUCGUGAGAAGGAAUUGACUUCUUUAGUGAGAGAGGGGGUUGACACACUCUUAAUGUACCUUUAUAGAGCCCUAAAUUGUGUCGAUGGGAUGGAGAAGCUGGCAUCAUCUGAGAAUAGUUGUGUGGUGGAGGAGUUAGAAAUGCUGUUAGAUGACUCUGGCCAUUUACGGGCGCUUGCCUUCCUCUAUUCAAGUAAAGGGAUGAGCUCAAAGGCUCUUGCUAUUUGGCGUAUCUUGGCUCGGAAUUAUUCAUCUGGCCUCUGGAAAGAUCCUGUAGUUGAAUAUGAUGCACAUGUAGCCUCUGGAAAGGAGAUGGCAGCUGUUGAGGCAUCAAAGAUCCUUGAGGAGUCAUCAGAUCAAGAUUUGAUUCUGCAACAUCUUGGUUGGAUUGCUGAUAUUGACCAGAUACUUGCAGUCCGAAUUUUAACAUCAGUCAAAAGAGCCAAUCAGCUUUCACCUGAUGAAGUAAUUCCAGCAAUUGAUCCCAAAAAGGUUGACAUUCUUCAAAGGUAUCUCCAGUGGUUGAUCGAAGAUCAAGACUCAGAUGACACUCAAUUCCACACAUUAUAUGCUCUGUCACUUGCAAAAUCAGCAAUGGAAACUUUUGAAACAGAAAAUAGUUCCCAAAACCCUGAUGCUGGAAGGCUGCAUGGGUCAAAUUUUUUGGAUUUUGGAAGGAAUUCCAUCUUUGAAAGUCCUGUCAGAGAGAGACUGCAAACUUUUUUGCAGUCAUCAGACUUGUAUGAUCCAGAAGAGGUCCUUGACUUGAUUGAAGGAUCAGAAUUAUGGUUGGAGAAGGCUAUUCUCUACAGGAAGCUAGGACAAGAAUCAUUGGUACUCCAAAUUUUGGCAUUGAAGCUGGAAGACAGUGAAGCUGCAGAACAGUAUUGUGCAGAGAUUGGCAGGCCGGACGCCUAUAUGCAGCUGCUUGAUAUGUAUUUGGAUCCACGUGAUGGUAAGGAGCCCAUGUUUAAGGCUGCUGUUCGUCUUCUUCACAAUCAUGGAGAAUCUUUAGAUCCUUUGCAAGUUCUUGAGACAUUAUCUCCCGACAUGCCUCUCCAACUUGCCUCUGAAACAAUUUUAAGAAUGUUGAGAGCUCGCCUUCAUCAUCAUCACCAAGGCCAGGUUGUGCAUAAUUUAUCCCGUGCCAUAGACAUCGAUGCAAGGUUGGCAAGGUUGGAGGAAAGGUCACGGCUUGUGCAGAUCAAUGAUGAGAGCCUUUGUGAUUCUUGCCAUGCUCGCCUUGGAACCAAGCUAUUUGCAAUGUACCCAGAUGACUCAGUUGUUUGCUACAAGUGUUUCCGUCGCCAGGGUGAAUCAACUUCUGUUACAGGUCGUAACUUCAAGCAAGAUGCCGUCUUUAAACCCAGUUGGCUCGUGACCGGCUAAAGUUCAAGAUAAGCGAGGCACUGUUGAAAGUCUUAAGACCUCGGCAACAAGCCAAAUGUCAGGUUGAAAAUAAUGGAUUGCCGUUGUUCUGACAAAUGUGUCGCAUCCAAGGAUGGAAUCUGGUUCCUGUCAAGUAUACUUUCAGGUUUGUGCCACCAGGUCCCUGCUUUGUAAAACAUUUAACAAAGAAAAUAAUGUAAUUGUCCAUUUUAAGUUUCCUCAUGAUGUGUGCAUCUCUCUUGUCUUGUGUCUUAAUGGGAGACUGAGUGGCCGGCUUGUAGUAUAAACAGUAAAGCAGUAAUUUGGUAUUUAACUGAAAUUCAAUACCAAAUUUAAGAAAAA